GCUCAGUCCUCGUCCGGCAGUCGGCGCCCGCGAUGUUCCCUGCGAUGGAGGCGCUCUACGAGACGGACGCCCGGCGGCUGGACAAGUUCAUCUUCGACCACCUCCAGCCCGACCAGGAGUUCUUGAACCGCGUGAGCGACGCCAUCCGCAUCAUCUGCGAGUUCCUGCGGGAGAACUGCUUCCGAGACGCGCCCCAGUCCCGGGUGCUGAAGGUGGUCAAGGGAGGCUCAUCGGGGAAAGGCACUGCUCUGAAAGGGGUUUCGGAUGCCGAUCUUGUGGUGUUUCUCAGCACCUUCAAGACAUACAAGGACCAGGAACUAAACCGGAGGGAGAUCAUCCAGGAGAUUCAGAAGAGGCUGGAAGAAUUCAGGAACAAACAACAAAAGAAUAUUGAUGUAAUUUUUGAGCCAACCAAGUGGGAGAACCCACGUGUGCUCAGCUUCAAGCUCCGCUCUUAUGCUGACAAUGAUUCCAUUGAGUUCGAUGUGCUGCCAGCCUUCGAUGCUCUUGGUGCGUACGCUUGCAUGAGGGAUUGGGUCUCCUUCCCGCCUGGAACUGAGGGUGGUGGUGGCAACGUCUGA